AUGCAAACAAACAUCGACUUUGAAUCACUCAAAGAAGUCCAACAGAAUGAAAUCGAGGCUUUAAAAGCCAUCUUUAUGGAGGAUUUUCAUGAGGUUGUGAAUAAGACAGCUUGGAAGGUAUCUCACUCUGACCCCGAGUUCAUUUUACACUUGUAUCCUCUCGGUGUAGAAGAAAACGAAGCACAUACAACUGUGGAUCUUAAAGUACGAUUCCCCAAGACAUACCCAAACAAACCACCCGAGCUUCAUCUUAUCAAUCCUCAUGGAUUAUCGCCUGCCAUUUUACGACAACUGACACAAUCACUCCAACAAACAGCUCAGCAUCUGCUCGGUCAGGAGAUGAUGUACGACUUGAGCGACCAUGUUCGUGCUUUCCUGGCUAACCACAAUGCGCCACCAUCUGCCAUCUCAAAACUCACCCUACAUGAGCAAAUGAUGAUUCGCAAUGAACAAGAUAUGAAGGUGGAAAGGGAACGUGAGUUGGAGGAAAUGGCUCGAAAACGACAAGAAAGAGAAGCUGAGUUGCGAGUUCAGUCUGAUAUGAUGAAUGAAAAGAUCCAGCAAGACAUUGAACGAAAGAGAGAGCAUGCCAGAGUAGCCAGACAGCAUCGACAAGACUUUGGAUUUACGGAUGGCGGUGAAGCGAUUGUCGAUGAUGACUUUCAUGCUCAUUUUGAUAGCUCAGAUGCGCUCAACAGUUUGGACAGCAGUGAUAUCAAGAUGAUCCACUUUGAGAAUUUGAUUACUGUGGCCAUUGAAAAGGAAGAGAACGGCAUCAUACCCAAACGAAUCUGUUUUCACACCGUUGCAGUUGGACCUUGCGUUGGAAAAGGUGUUGUUGGUGAAACGUUUUCUGCUCAACCGCUCAACUACAAAUUGACAGGCGAACAUGGUAACACAGAGGAUGUGGAUAGUCUGGUUUUACCAAGCCUUUUAGCCAUCAAACGAGUGGUUGUUACCGGGUCCUAUUAUACAACGCAAGCCGGAAAGAGGAAACUGCAGGAUGUUGAAAGAGAACUGGAUCGAUUGCGCACUAUUCAGCACCCGCAUAUACUCAAUAUUUACGAUGCUCGCUUGGAUCGUAGUCGCAUUGACCGCAAUACGUGGACAUUGCAUAUCUUGAUGGAAUACGAGCAAGGUGGUAGUUUGUAUGACUUGCUCAAGAAAUGCGGCGGUGGUUUGCGAUUGGCUAUUGUGCGCAAAUACAUGAAGCAGCUAUUGUGGGCAUUGAAUCAUAUCCAUCUCAAUGGGUUCAUUUGCAAAGAUAUCCGAUCCAACAGUAUUUUCUGCAGCAACAACCAGUCUGUCAAGUUGGCUGAUAUCAGUUACAACAAGCGUCUGCAUGACCUGAACAAAUCCAACUUUUUGAUCGAAACAGCCGAAGAUGCCGAGACACCUCGAGGGGAAUCCACAUCAGCAUGGUCUUCGCCUGAAUUGCGAGAGCGACCAGGCGUCUAUGGACGGAAGAACGAUAUAUGGUGUCUGGGCGUCGUCUUUAUUGAAAUGCUGUGGGGUAUUGAUGUGACUAAAGAAUUUGGUGAUUUCGACGCCUUUUUGCGCACUGCGGGAUCAGAGUUGCCAGCUAUUGCCAAUGACUUUGCAAAGAGAUUACUUGAGCCUGAUACACGAAAAAGACCUACAGCCAUCGAUCUGAUGAACGACGCAUUCUUUGCAGGAGAUAAUGAAGCCAUGAUAUCGGAACAAGCAGCACCGCCUGUGUUCUCUACCAAUGUGGCUCCUCAUAUGAACUCUGGUAAAUUCAACCACGCAGAUCGCAAGAACCCACCACCACCGCCGCCUCAGCUGUUUGAACCUUCCAUGGCACCCGAUUUCAACAAAUCCAUCUAUCCACCUGAUAAUCACAACCGAGUGGCCACCAUUAUGACAGGCAACACACAGCACCCAAAUAUGCAUGCCCACAAUAAUGCUUCUUCCGAUUCAAACCCUGGGCCUAUCAUCAGCACCUCUCGUUACAAGACAGAUUUUGAAGAGAUUGAGUUUUUGGGUAAAGGUGGUUUUGGUGAAGUCAUCAAGGCACGAAACAGACUCGAUGGCCGUUUGUAUGCCAUCAAAAAGAUUCGACUGGAUCCCAGAGACAGCGAGGAUUUACGAAAGAUUCUGCGAGAAGUGCAUUCGUUAUCCAGCUUGCAUCAUCAAUAUGUUGUGCGUUACUUUGCUACUUGGUUUGAGGACGAAGACGGUGCCAGUUUCAAGGACAGUGAUGAUGAGGAUUUCUCGGAUGAAUCAGAAUCAGAGUACGAUGACGAAGACGGCGAUGUUAGUGCUUACAAACAGCAGUUUCAUGACUUCCUGUCUGUGGACAAUCGCAAAUCCAAAAGCAAGAGCAAGAGUUAUUCAGCUAUCCGCUUUGACGACGACGACAGCAGCAGCGAAGAAGAGGACGAUUCCACGCCCUACGAUGGCACCACAGGAGAUGAUUCAGACGAUUUUAUUUCCUUUGCUCGUGAUGGCGAUGAUGAGACUGACACUGGCAGCACAAGCGACGCAACCACCGAUACAGCCUCCACCAAAAAGCAGCGCCUUGUUCGUAAAGCAUUUAACAAUCUCAAGAAAAAGGCAGAAGAAAAAAGCAGCGAGAGCCAGAAGCGCAUCCAUCAGCACCGCACGCGUGUCUUGUACAUUCAAAUGGAGUAUUGCGAGAAAAAGACACUGCGAGAUGUAAUUGACGAAGGCAUCGAUGAGCAAGAAGCAUGGCGUCUGUUUCGUCAAAUCCUGGAGGGCCUGGUUCAUAUCCAUUCACAGGGAAUGAUCCACAGAGACUUGAAACCUGCUAAUAUUUUCUUGGACUCCAACAACGAUGUCAAAAUUGGUGAUUUUGGUUUAGCCACGACAAAUCAGACGCUGGUGGAUGGCGCGUCUUUUGCCAGAAACGCUAGUCAUCGUAUGCCGGAUAGGUUCAAUAUCACCACCUCUGCUGCGGGUGUUGCUGCUGAUAGCACGAAUGCAAGUUAUACAGGCUACUCAGUCUCCAGUGCGCAUUUGGGAGCAGAUGAAAGCAUGACAACUGGUGUAGGCACUACAUUCUACGUGUCUCCUGAGGUGAUGCCUGAUCCAGCCACGGGUGCUACCUCUGGUAUGCGAUACAAUCAAAAGGUAGACAUGUUUUCAUUAGGUGUCAUCUUUUUCGAAAUGUGCUACAACCUCUCGACAGGUAUGCAGCGCGUCAUUGUAUUGAACGAGCUUCGCAAUGGCAAGUUCCCUGAGGAUUUCCCUGCCAAUUACGUCAACCAAAAGAAGAUUAUCAAGAUUCUGCUUUCACCACAGCCCAAGGAUCGUCCCAACAGCUUUGAGCUUUUGCGCAGUGAUUUGCUGCCUCCUAAGCUAGAAGACGAGUAUAUCAAAGAAUGCGUACGCACCAUUGCCAACCCCAACACGCCUUACUACGACAAACUCAUGUCUGCCAUGUUCUCUCAGUCAGCGGAUCGACAUAAGGAUUUCACUUACGACUACCAGACCAACGCAGAGACGGUAUUUGAUCCCUUUAGCCACAUCUUUUUCGACUGCAUCCGAGAGCAAAUGGCCAAAGUAUUUAGACGGCACGGUGCAAUCGAUGUUUCUGCCCCUCUGUUGAUCCCCAAGAACGACUUGUAUGAAUGGAAUUGGAAGAACCCUGUGUAUCUGAUGGAUUCCCAAGGUGCUUUGAACCAGCUUCCUUAUGACCAAACAGUGCCAUUUGCAAGAUACAUUGCGCGACAGAAAGGAUUCCCUGAAUUGAAGCGUUUUACGUUUGACAAGGUGUAUCGAGAGAACCAAAGUGGAGGUCAACCUGAAGCCGUGUUGGAGGCCGAUUUCGAUAUCGUGCACAAAGAAACAGCGCCUAUGGUGCCUGACGCGGAGGUACUCAAGGUAGUGGAAGAAGUCUUGGAGGAAUUGCCUCCUUACAAAAACGGCGGUUUUUACUUUAUGGUCAAUCAUACAGGCAUCACAGAUAUCAUUCUUGACAGUUGUCGCGUGCCUCCAGAUAUCAGAAAGGGAGUGUUGGUGGCGUUGUCUAGUUUGGGGCGAGCACCAUCAUUUGCUGCUGUGCGCAACAUUCUCAAAUUAAAGUACCAUUUGCAGCGAAGUGUGUUGGAUGAGCUGUCCAUGUUCAAUGUGCACGGUGAAUUGGAGAGCAUUGUCAAGAAGAUUGAGGGGUUGCUACCUGGAACUCACAAGGCUAAAUUCAGAGAUUGUAUUGGUGAAUUGCGUACUUUGAUGAUUGUCAGCAAGCACAUUGGUAUCCAUCACAAGAUUAUAUUCCAUCCGUUAUUAGUAUACAAUAAUCAUUUCUACAAGAAUGGCAUGGUGUUUGAAACAGUGGCAGACACUAUUGACUCCAAACGCAAGGAUGUGCUUGCCGUAGGUGGAAGAUACGAUUUCCUUGUACAGCAUUUUGCACAUCCCAAUGCCACUGCCAAUCGAAAACUGCGCGCGGUGGGUGUCAAUAUUGCAGUCCAAAAACUGAUACGCCAUUUAGACAUGCAUCAAUCAGAGCAAGUAAAAUACCUGAUGAAGGCCAAGAACGAAAAGAUGCGAAGUUUUGGUAUAUGGGCACCCAAGAAGUGCGAUGUCUAUGUGGCUAGUUUCGGCAAAGUCUUGAUUCAGGAACGCUUAGAGAUUGUGCAGGAGCUUUGGAACCACGGUAUUCGAGCUGAAUUUCAAUACAAUGAUGGUGAUUAUCUGACACCUGAAGAUUUGGUUUCAUUGUGUAAAAAGGCCAGUAUCAAUUGGAUUGUUAUUGUCAAGCACAAGAAUUCAGAGAGCAAGUCGUCGUCGUUAUCUGAUUCUACUACGGUCAAGGUGAAGGAUGUCUUACGGCGAACCGAAACAGAAGUAAGCAAGUCUGAUCUUUGCAUUUGGUUGUCGACCGAAAUCAAUGAACAAAUCAGAGUGGAUUCAGUGGCAAGAGUAAAGAGUAAACAUGAUUUGAAGUCAAAGGACACAUCAGAUUCAGUGCGAAAUGAUCCCUUCUCUCAUGAUUUAUCCAAAGGUGAUGGACUAGAUCAAAAGAAAACGGCCUUUGACGUCAAUAUUGUAUUUAACGAAGGACGUGGCAAAGAGCGUACAAAAAUGAAGCACAAGCACAAAACUGUGCUUAUUGAUAAAGCUAUCAACCGUCUGACACCCAUCAUGGAUGAUCUGAAAAAGGAUGUCCAAGUCAUUGCAUUUGAUCUACCCAAGGAACUUGUCAAAAACAUGGUAGAAUACAGCUUUUGGCAGGACGAUGGGUACAAGAAACUCUUGGAUCAUGCUGGUAUUGGCCAAAGAGAUACCCUCAGUAGAGUAAGACACGCUGUUCAAAAGCACAUUGAUGCAAAGCACAAGUGCGUAUGGCUCUAUUCUCAUAGAGAUGAUUUUGCUUUAUUAUGUGUUUUGCCGUAA